AUGCGCGCCGCCGUCUGUGCCCAAAUCGCCCCCCGGCUCGUCCUCUUCCGCCCCUCUCCUCCUCGUCUUCGCUUCCCACUUCGCCAACAUCGUCCUCCGCGGUUUCCGAUCGUUUCUCCUUUUCCUCCUCCUCCUCCUCGUUCUUGUUCCACCAUGGAAUCUGCUAGGGUUGACAACGAUGGCGAUAAGGCGGAGAAGAUGGAAGAGAAACCUAAGCCAGAGGCGGAACCCUCGCCUCCCGAGAAGCCGCUGCCCGGCGAUUGCUGCGGGAGCGGAUGCGUCCGAUGCGUCUGGGAUAUCUAUUACGAGGAGCUGGAGGCCUACAACCAGAUGCUCGCCUCCCGAUCCAAAGGUUCCCAAUCCUAG